CUACGGGUAUUUUUAGUAAAUUAUCGACACACGCCGCUUUAAGCUGUCUUCAAUUAGCAAUAAGUUUGCAAAUUGAUUUCCCGCGCUUAAAUAAAGAUAUCCAGUGCAUUUUCUGUGGGUCCAGUGACCAGGGAGGCGGCAUGCUGUUGGGCGAAUACGACACAACCCGACGACUCCUUUUCAUCGUGGCCGUUCUGCUGAUAGUCCUGUAUGCGAAGACGUACUUGCUGCCUGGCGAGGAUUUGUACUACAACUAGGGGAUUACGGCGUCCCAACAGGAUCCGAUCCCAUUAAAAAGGUUGAUGCGAUGACGGACCGGAGGGUAUCAUACUUCUACAACGCGGACGUGGGCAACUUCCACUAUGGAGCCGGGCAUCCAAUGAAGCCGCAGCGCCUGGCGGUCACACACAGCCUGGUGAUGAACUACGGACUGCACAAGAAAAUGAAGAUUUACAGGCC